CGGCAUUCGCACGUGGGCAUUCGAUCGUGUCGGAUGUGCGCGCAAGCUCAGAUAUAAGAACGAACGGCAACGUACUAGUACACGCUUAUAAAUACACGAUACGGUUACUACCACCGUCACAACUAUUACUGGCACUCGUGUUCGUCGUCUUUAUCAUUAUAAUUGUGAAUUUAGUGAAAGAGGACUCAUCCUUAGUUUCUUCCUUGUAGCUCUCGUCGGCAAGUGAUCUUUUUAAAUCUCCCGCGUUUUUUUUUCUCUUCAAGAAAUCGACGUUAUCGUCGCGUUGUUAUCGUCGUCCUCGUCGUCGUCGUCGUCGUCGUUGUCGUCGUCGUCGUCGUCGUCGUCGUCGUCGAAAAAACGCCAGCCGAGCGUCGCCUUUCUCCUUCCUUUUUUUUUUUUACCAAGAUAGUGUGCCAUCGUUCUUCUCUCCCCACUACUACUACUACCUACCACCCCUUUGUCGAUCACGAGCAAGUUUAACGCGUUAAGAAAUAGUUCGUGUCCGAUCAACGAACGACGCACAUCGCGUCGCACGAGCUUCGGGUGUUUAUACGCGCUCCCGGUGUUCAGCUUAUUCGUUGGAUUAUUAAUUAACAGUGGGAUUAUUUUACGUGUACGCACAAGUGUGGAAGAAACAUCGACGAGAAAAAAGAGAAAGGACAACCACGCGUUAAUUUGACCUAGAUGCUGUUGAACCAACGGCACGCCUGAUUUCUUUUCAUCCCUAAAGUACCAAAUAAAUUGUCAAGAUUGAUCAAGUGGUUUUGUCGUCCGGCGGUGACAUCGCCAAAAUUUGGAGGAUGUUGAUGCCCGGUGCCGCCGGUCUCAGUGCCGUGGGCGCUGUGGGAGCACCAGGCCCGGACGAGCUUGUUUCCGGGCUGGGUGCUCUUGCGGGUGCCACACCUCAGCAAAAAGAUACCACCUGGACUAAGUUAUUCGUUGGCGGUCUACCUUAUCACACGACCGAUAAAAGUCUCAGGGAACAUUUCAGUGUUUAUGGGGAUAUCGAGGAAGCCGUUGUCAUCACCGACAGACAGACUGGAAAGAGCAGAGGCUAUGGUUUCGUUAUCAUGGGAGACAGAGCGGCUGCUGAGAGAGCAUGCAAGGAUCCUAAUCCCAUCAUCGAUGGUCGCAAGGCCAACGUUAACUUAGCAAUACUCGGAGCCAAGCCGAGGGGUAACUUGCAAACGACAUUCCCAUUUGCUGCUGGCAUUCGAGCUGGAUAUCCUGCGGUUCUUCCAGGCCAAUAUGGAGUACCACCGAGCUACGUUUACCAGUCUCCUUAUCUGGCCGCAGCGGCGCCAGGCGGCUUGGUACCACUUCCGGCGACACAGUUGAGCCACGCAGCCGCAGUUGCAGCUACGCAAUUUUACGAUUAUCAGAAUGUAGCAGCAGCGGCUGCCACCUAUCCGGGUACUUCCUACAAUUUUGCAGAGGCCUAUCCAUACACUAGCGCUGCUGCUGCUGUAAAUGCAGCGGCAGGUUACGUAACGCCAUACACAUAUGCAACAUUGCCAGGUGCAGCAGGUUUGCCUGCUGCUGCUGCUGCAGCUACGGCGGGUGCCGCUUUCCCAGGAUUACCAUACCAAACAACACCUCAGGAAGCAAGAUUACAAUAGAAAAGGACCACGAAGUCUUGCCAAAAAUGAGAAUCGUUUCUAAGCGAGGAUCGUCUCGACGCGACGAUUUCGACGAUUAACGAUUGUCGUUUAUUUCUUUUUUAGUAUAGAAUUAGUAAGGGGAGGAGGGGGUGGAGAGUGAGAGUAUCGAAGGAUCAUUUUAUUAUGGAUAUAAAAUAAAUGAAGAAGAGAAAGAGAAAAAAGGAAUUCCUUCGAACGAUUUCACUAGAUGUUUUAAACGUUUAUCUUCGAAAUCAUCGAAUGACGAUCUUAUCACUCGUGUUCGCUAUAUAUAUAUAUAUAUAUAUAUAUACAUAUAUAUAUAUACACACAUAUAAGCAUAUAUAUAUAUAUAUGUACACCCUCUUCUAAGUCAAUUUCUUCUCAAUUUUUUAAAUAAAAAGCGAACUUUUGUGUUGAUCGUAAUUGAUAUUGUAUCGAAGAACGUACAUGCGUACGUUUAUAUUAAAUUCUUGGAAGGUUCUCGCUUAAUGAGCAGAGGACAAGUACGACGAGCGAUUAUUUAAUCGCAUAGUUUAGACACAUAUUUUUAUUUAUUCGUGCAUGUGAGUAGCGAGAGUGGGAGAGAGCGAGAGAGAGAGAGAGAACGAGAGAGCGAGCGCGCGCGAGAGAGAGAGAGAGAGAGAAAGAAUAGUGUUUUUAAUCAUAAUGUCGACCUCCCUUGAUUCUUCGCGAUUUUUUUUUUGGAUCGAUUAGAAAAUUCCAAAAAAAGAAAGGAAAAAAAAAAUUUGAGAAACAACAAUCAUCCAAGGGGUCUUACGUCGACACGACAUUUUAUUCAUAAAGUUGCUCUAUCUUUGUUAAAACAAAAAUACCGAGUCGUCUGUUGUAACUCGAUCGUACGAACGUUCCUGUCACGA